UGCAUGCAGCUGGUCAUGUGACCUAAAAGAUGAUGUAAACACAUCAUUGCAGCUGCAGUGAAGAACAUGAGAAUAUGAGAUGGGUUUUGUGUGAUCAUCUGUGAGUUUGACUCCAGCAUGAGCGUCUGUCCGUCAGCAGGAUGCAGAAACCUGAGAAGCUCUUAUGCAGCAGAUAAAUAGAGAUUCACAACCUGCCGAGAUGGUUUGCAUUCUCACUCUUUUUGCAUCCGUUUUCUCAGCUUUUAUUGUGUCAGGACACAGUGUGAUGCUGGAUUACAACCAUAAUGUCAUUAAUGUGGCAAACUUUGCCAUGGAUGUCCACAAUCGCAUGAAUAGCUAUCCGUAUGCCUUUAAAGUGGUGGAUAUCAUAUCAGACGCAGCUCAGCUCUAUCCUCCUGCACGGGUUAAAUACAUGCUACAGAUACAAGCUGCGCAGACAGUCUGCGAGAAUCACGCCAGUGUGAAUGUGACAAACUGUGCUUUGGAGUCUAAUGGAGAGAUCAUGAGCUGUUCCUUCAGUGUCAUUGCAGUGCCAGGAAAUGAUUAUAUUCCCAAACACCUGCUGUCAGAUCAGUGUGUCUGACUUGAGGAUUUUGAUGCUUUCUAAUGGUAGAAUGUUGUCUGCAAUACAAGCUUUAUUCAAGCCUUAAUGCUUCUAGUAUGUUAAAUUUUCAUGGUCAGUAAUUUGUUUUGUUUUAUAGUAUAUCAUCAGCUGUUAUUAUCAAUAUAAGUAAUAUAAAAGCAUGUGUUUCUAGUUAAAAUAGCAUAUCUUAAUGAAUCAUUGAAGUGCCAGAAAUUAAAUAAAAAAUUAAUUGUGCCACAGUA